AUGCGAUUCGCCCGCGCAAUCGCCGCCGUCCUCUCGGCCGCCGUCGCACAUGCUGCGUCCCAGAAUGCGAGGCCCAUUACCGGCAACCCCAAGGGUGUGAGGUACACGGCCACCCUCCCAGAGGACCCCUUCUUCCACGGCGACUUCGAUGGCAACGUCGAGGGCUUCAUCACGGCCGAGACGCCCGACGAUGGCGUCGGCGUCAAGUUCACCGUCCACUUCGAGAAUCUGCCCAAGUCCGGCGGGCCAUUCCCCUACCACAUCCACGUGAAGCCCGUCGUUGGCGGCAACUGCACCCAGACGCUGGCUCACCUGGACCCCUUCGAGCGCGGCGAGAAGCCGCCGUGCGCAUCGUCGGCUCCCGAGACAUGCCAGGUCGGUGACUUGGCCGGCAAGCACGGCAUGGUGACGGCGGACCCGUUCCAGGCCGAGUACGUCGACAAGUUCGUCUCGCUCAAGGAGGGCGACGCCGAGUUCAUGGGCAACCGGUCCUUUGUCUUUCACUUUGCCAACACGACGAGGAUCACGUGCGCCAACUUUGUCAAGGUGGACGUCGGCGCGCCCUAUCCGUCAGCCUCGUCGUCGGUCUAUCCCGUGCCCACGGCCAGCGGUGCGACACCUGCAAGGCCAGCGGCAACCGAUUCCACCGUGCCCUUUGUCGUUUCCGCCGCGUCAAAGGCGCACACGACGCUGCCCUUUGUCGCCAUCGCCGGUGUCGCACUCCUUGCCUUUGCCGGAUGA